AGGAGUGGUUAGGGAAGGAUGGGGGUGUAGGAAUGGAGGAAGGAGGUGAGGGUUGGGUUAGUCAGUGUGGGGUGGGGAUAGGGAGGAUAACUGGGUGUAGGAACGGAGGUGAUGGAUGGGAAGGAUGGGAAUAGGCAGUGUAGGGAGGGGUGAGAGAUUAGGGAGAAUGAUGAGUGCAGAAAUUGAGGUGGGGGAUGAAAUUGAAGUACAGGUUGUGGGGGAGAGACGGGCCUCAGCCCUGCCCAAUGGCUGGAGAGGGGAGAGCUGCAGCUGGUCCAUGCUUCACCCGGUGGCUGGGAGGAGGGGGCAGACCGAGGCUGCUGCUCCUCAUAGCGGCCGGGCAUGGGGGAGCCAGGGCUGCAUACCCCCCAAAGACAUGGGCGUUGGCAAGCGUUGUGAUCAUGGGACACCACCCCCUAGAGUUCUGUAAAAAUAAAGAUUUACCAUCAUGAUCUGCAGAGACUAUACACUGUCCAAAGCUUGUGUAUAUGAUGGUUUGGAAUCUGUCAACAAUUCCAGUUGCAGUCUGGAAAUUCUGCUCUUUCAUUCCUGAAAUGUUUUCAUCUCUUUCUGGUAGAAGUUAAAUCUGUGACAGAGUUAACUGGUUAAACUCUGCUCUGUCAACAUCACUGUCCAGAAAAAAAAGUCUUGAAAUUAAUAACAGCAUUAGCAAGCAUGUGAAGUCUUCCUGCCUCAUGCUAUUCAUUUCUGUGAGGUAACAGUUUAAUUAGAGGUAAUAAACAUAGCACUUUUUCUUUAAAAUAUGAAUGCAAAAAUUGCUAACAUUUAGUUUGAAUUAUUUCCGUAGCAGAAAAAGCAGCAUCGUUAAUUCAGAUGUAUUUCAGAUUAGAUAUAAAAUGAUGGUGAAACAACAUUUACAGAAAUACAUUGCACUGAAUUUGUAUAAUCUUGUGAACCUUAAUCCUUUUAAUCAGAAAUCAUUGCAAAUAUGGGGCCUCGACGGAAAAAUGUGAAGCCAUGCCCCAUGAGCAGUGAAGGCUCUGAAUCUACCAAACUAGAUGAACGGAAAGAUUAUAUGAAUCAGCUCUCACAUGAAGUUCUUUGCCAUAUUUUUAGAUACCUUCCCCUGCAGGAUAUCAUGUGUAUGGAAUGCCUCUCCCGGAAGCUGAAGGAAGCAGUGACUCUGUACCUGAGGGUGGUAAAGGUUGUGGACCUCUGCGCAGGUCGUUGGUGGGAAUACAUGCCCACUGGUUUCACUGAUUCCAGUUUCCUAACGUUGCUGAGGAAGAUGCCAGACAUUGAACAGCUCUAUGGUCUUCACCCCAGGUAUCUUGAAAGGCGCAGAGUCCGUGGCCAUGAAGCUUUCAGUAUUCCUGGAGUGCUAGAGGCCUUGCAGACAUGCCCAAAUCUGCUGGGUGUAGAAACCUCUCAUUUGGAGUUGGUGGAAGCCAUUUGGACGUAUAUGCCACAAGUUCAUAUUUUAGGGAAGUUUCGUAAUCGUAAUGGUGCUUUCCCAAUCCCGCCUGAAAAUAAACUGAAAAUUCCAAUAGGAGCAAAAAUUCAGACAUUGCACUUAGUAGGUGUAAAUGUCCCUGAAAUUCCUUGUAUCCCAAUGCUGAGGCAUCUUUAUUUGAAGUGGGUGAGGCUCACCAAACCACAGCCCUUUAAAGAUUUCCUUUGUAUCAGCUUACGCACUUUUGUCAUGAGGAAUUGUGCAGGACCAACAAAUUCUUUGAAGUAUGUUCCCUUGGUGACAGGUUUGGCUUCUGCCCGAAACCUGGAGCAUUUAGAACUAGUUAGAGUUCCUUUUCUUGGAGGACUUAUCCAGCAUGUAGUAGAAGAUAGCUGGAGAUCAGGUGGUUUUAGGAAUUUGCACACUAUAGUUUUGGGAGCUUGCAAAAAUGCUCUUGAAGUAGAUCUUGGCUACCUCAUCAUAACUGCUGCACGAAGGUUGCAUGAAGUGCGAAUUCAACCUUCCCUGACCAAAGAUGGUGUCUUUUCUGCACUGAAGAUGGCAGAACUGGAGUUCCCACAGUUUGAAACCCUUCAUCUGGGAUAUGUUGAUGAGUUUUUGCUACAAUGCAAAAUGACUAAUGGGGACUUAGUAAAGUAUGGCUUAGCUGAUGUGGUUGAAAAUCCAGGAAUCAUCACAGACAUUGGAAUGAAGGCUGUAAAUGAAGUAUUCUCUUGCAUCAAGUAUCUGGUCAUUUACAACUGCCCACAUCUGCACAAUCCAAACAACUGGAUCACAGACCAUUCAAGAUGGACCCGGCUAGUUGACCUCACGCUGGUGCGAUGCCAUGCAAUAAAGCUAGAUUCUUUCAGUCAAUUCAUUGAAUUACUGCCAAGUUUGGAGUUUAUCUCUCUGGACCAGAUGUUCCGGGAACCUCCUAAGGGCUGUGCUCGUGUGGGCCUGAGUGCUGGCACAGGGAUUGGUGUUUCAUCUGCUUUGGUCAGCAAUCAGAACUCCAACAAUGACAAUGACAACAACAACAACCACCAGAACAACAACAACCCCAACAUCCACCACAACAAUCACCAACACCUAAAUGACCAGAAUGAGGAGAAUGAGCUGCGGCAAGAUGGGCAGGUGGAAGAACAGCAGAUUGCAGCUGAGGCACUGAAUGAUAUGGAGGAAGUUGCACAGGAUGAUGGAAUGGCUGCAUUGGAGGGCCAGAAUGAGACCACUGCGCAUAAUCAAGCAGUUAUUCCUAUGGAUGUUGAUGAGGAGCAAGCAGGACCCAGUGGCCUUCAGCCUAUUGUAAAAGCAGCACCUAUUACCGUCCAUGACUCGGACAGUGAGGAUGAAGAAGAGAACAUGGGGUCCUCAAGAGCCUGCAUUACUAACAGCAUUGUCCAGAGUUACUCAGAUGGAGAAGAGAAAGUCAGAGAUCCAGAGGAAACCAGAGAGCUGUCAGCAGUGAGUGGUAAAGGCAAGACUCCAUUGCGGAAGAGGUGCAGUGCCAGCCAAGUGGGUCAAGCGAAGCAAUUCCAUGCUGAGGAGAGCAGCUGUGAGAAAGGUUGUCAAGUGACCAGUGAACAGAUUAAAGCAGAUAUGAAAGCAGCCAGUGACAUGCCUGAAAGGAACAAAAGCAAAGAUUCUUACUCCAGUUGCGUUAAUGCAGCUGGAUCAAUGGGGACCUCCAACUCUUGCAGUGCUGUUUCCUCGAGCCCUGACUGUGCAAGGACAGCUGAUAGCCACUCUGCUGCCACCAGUCCAGCAAUUGCAGAUGAAUCCCGACAGUGUGUCUGCUCCCCUAGUAGGGGUGAAAGUUCCAAUGAGAGAGACAAUGAGGAUGGUUCUAUUUGCUCCAGGUGCUCUUCCUGUAGGCAGCAGGAGCCACAAAGGAGGACUAGUGGGUGCUCUGAUUUGGAAAGCCCAUCUACUAGUGGUGUCUGCAGUAGGAAUGGACCGAAUAGUACUGGGUCAGAUUUCUCACUUAGGACGCUGCCAAACUCUGGGUGUCCAGGAGAGGCAAAUUCUGAGAGGACUAAUGGGAAUGUCUGUGGGAAUACGGGGGAGGAGAGCACUGGCUCACAACUAGGAAGCUAUGAAAUGGAGUAUAAUGAAGAUUAUCCCCGCCGUCCUCUAACAAGAGCCAGAAGCAAACUGUCCCAUGUACCUCUGUUGUCUGAAUCAGAUGUGGCCAAGCCAAAGCCUCGACAAACAAUGAAGCGGAAAAGGACAGCUGACAAGUCAACAAGCACAAGUGACCCUGUUAUUGAGGAUGACCAUGUUCAGGUGCUGACUUUGAAAUCCAAAAACCUUGUUGGAAUUACAUUGACCAAUUGUGGAAUAACAGACCUGAUCUUGAAAGAUUGCCCCAAAAUGAUGUUCAUCCAUGCUACGAGAUGCCGUGUACUUAAGCAUUUAAAAGUAGAGAAUGCUCCAAUUGUCAAUCGAUUUGAUUAUGCCCAGUGCAAGAAAUUAAACAUGGAUCAGGUACUAGAUCAGAUAUUGAGGAUGCCACCAGAGAGAAACCGGAUCAUUUACCUUCGUCCAAUGCAGCAGGUCGACACAUUAACUCUAGAACAAAAGAUAUUUAGUGGUCCUUACCCAUACCACAUUUGCAUAAUUCAUGAAUUCAGCAAUCCUCCUAACGUCCGCAACAAGGUGCGCAUUCGCAGCUGGAUGGACACAAUAGCAAACAUUAACCAAGAACUUAUUAAAUAUGAAUUCUUCCCUGAAGCCACACGAACUGAUGAAGACCUGAAGAAAUACACAAAGUACCCUUGGGGGCGGGAUAUUUAUACUCUAGAAGGCAUUGUGGAUGGAGCCCCUUACUCUAUGAUUACAGAUUUCCCCUGGCUGAGGUCGCUCCGAACAGCAGAGCCAAACAGCUAUGCCAGAUACGAUUUUGAGGAUGAUGAGAGAACAACCAUCUAUGCUCCCCGGAGGAAAGGACAGCUGUCUGCAGACAUAUGCAUGGAAACAAUAGGCGAGGAGAUCUCAGAACUGCGCCAGAUGAAAAAAGGUGUUUUCCAGCGUGUGGUGGCUAUCUUCAUUCAUUAUUGUGAUGUCAAUGGCGAACCAGUAGAGGAUGAUUACAUUUGAUUAGAACACCCACUGACCCCGGCCCUUCCUAACUUCCAGUUGGCACUGCCAGCAAUGAAAGCUGAGGGAUCCAUUCCAACUGCCUUUGUGCAUAAGGUGUCUUGGAAAUUGCAUACUUCACAGUUGGCCUGACUCAGUUUGUUAUAGAAUAUGUAGUAAAUGUAUAAUGAAAUAUAAAAAUUGUAUACUACGGUUUGUACAUAGAGGAAACAAAAAUAUUCCUAAAGCUAAGACUUUAUUUCAUAUGUUUAUACAAUUUAAUUUAAAUUCCAUUUUAAUGAAGGCAAACAAUUGGGACAAGGUGAAAAAGUUUGAAUUUCUUAGCCCAUACGAUUCAUAGCAGUAAUUUUUUUGUUUGUUACAAACAACCCUAUUUGCUGUAUUCAGAAGAGUCAUUGGAGUCUCUCUUAAUCUGUGCCUUUUUCUUCUUAAGCAUAUAAGAGUCCAGUCUGAGUAAAUCUGUUGAACACAA